ACAUACAAGCUUAGCAACUAUGACAUAUCCAAACCGCCCACCGCCACCACCACCCGUGGACCAGCCCAUGGGCUCCACUAAUACUAUAUUUAUUACAGAAACUCGAUUUGAUCCGUCAUUUCUAAAAACCCCUGAAGGUAUCUUGAAAAUUAUCAUCAUUGUUUUCAGUUUGCUUGGGUUCAUCUGCAUUCAAGCUUCCGCAUUCUGGCAGAAUGGUCGAGGCAUCUAUUUCAGCUUGGUAGCCAAUCUUGCUUUCUGGUCUUCGGGGUGUCUGCUUCUUUGCUACCUGUUCCAUGUGGUAGAGAAGUACCACAACAUUAAGUGGCUCAAAAUAGAAAUUGUUGUGGAUAUUGUACUGGUGUUUCUAUAUGUUAUCGCUUCUACUAUUGUAGUUGCAUUUGGAUCAGCAGCGUACUCUGCAGCUGGGUUUUUCGGCUACUUGUCGAUGGUGUCGUGCGGGGCGGAAGCAUGGCUGAGGGCGCGCGCGGCGCAGACAGACAGCCUGCCUCAGGGGCGGCGCGUGGCGGCCAAGCCGGCACACGUGGUCACGCCGCCCGCCCUACCCUGACCGCCCACUGCAUGCUCAGUCGUUGCAUAAGCUCGUAUUUUAAAAAAAUCAACCAACAAAAGUCUGAAUUUAGACAGCUCAGUAAAAAGAAUUCGUAGUUUCAUCAAGAUGUUUGAUGAUGAUCACAUGACAUUCAAAUAAUAGGGGUGAUGACGGGGUACGGUAAACAAAUUUCUAUUUAGUCCGUCAGUUAGAUAGUCAAAAAAUAAUGGACACGUAUUU